AUGAGUUCACGUGUAUUGUGUAUUGUCCAUUCUGAUGGUGAUAUGAACGAAGAUGCUGAGUUGGUGUGGAGCGGCUGUGCAGCAAUCGGGCGAGUCAUUUGCACGCGCGGUGUGGCUGGGUCUGGUCUGAGACAGAAAGCGCUCUCCCCUUUCCUAUUAACUCACUCGCUCUCUCGCUCACGCACUCUCAUCCCAACUCAUUCAUUGAAACAUAAGUCUCAGUUGAGGCAAUCCUGCGGGGACGCAUCGCUAACAUCCCAACGUCGACUCAUUCACGCCGGACGGAACACGCGGCACGGAGCGUCGAACAGGGACCGGGAGAUACAGAUCGGCGUCUGGAGAGAGACAAUCGCGAUGGACGAGGAGGUGGAGGAGGAGGACCGGGUCUCCGUUCCCUGGGGGUCGCGUGCCACGGACGGCGCCACCUGUUCCGAUGGCUGCUGGGGCGACCCUUCCACUCUCUUCGCCAGCGUCUCCCCUCCACGCCGCGGUGCCAAAGAGCGCACCGGUGCUGGUGCCAAACCUCCGGCAGCCACCUACGGCGACGAAGACCGCAACGAAGUGGACGACAACGACGAUGAUGCGCAACAGCAACCCCUGCUGAUGCAGCAGCAGCAGCAGCCAGGAAGCGAGGCGAAGGCCGUCCCGACCUGCCACCGGCGAGGUCCCAAAGCGCGCAAGGCACGGCCGGAGCGCUUCAGGCUGCGGAGGCUGAAAGCCAACGCCAGGGAGAGGAACCGCAUGCACGGGCUGAACGCGGCACUUGACGGCCUGCGCCGUGUGGUGCCGUGCCACUCGCGCACGCAGCAAAAGCUAUCCAAGAUCGAGACGCUCAGGCUGGCGCGCAACUACAUUGGCGCGCUCUCCGAGAUACUGCGUUCGGGACUCAACCCCGAUCACGGCGGCUUCGCCAGGACCCUGUGCCGGGGUCUCUCACAGCCCACGACCAACCUCGUAGCGGGCUGCCUACGCCUGGGUAUCGGGCCAUGCCACAAGGUGGCUGGGGGCUCGUUUGAGUCGUCUCAACCGUCGUCGGAGCUCGUGGGCGCGCAGUGCGUUUCGUUCGCGAGGGUCAGCACCGCGGACAGCGCCCUCAUCCCGCAGCAGCAGCAGCAUCACAUUCCCGUUGUCGGCGCCCGGCGCUCUCAGGCGUGCUCUGCAGCAGACAGGCUGGCUGACUCCGUGUACAGCCCACCGUACCCCUAUGCCAAACACGACGUGCAGAGGCAGCAGCCGGGGUUCGUGGCGAGGGGGCUCAUGGCGGCGUCAGGACCCGACACCCUACAGGUCCCGCUGACAUCCCUCCUCCACGCAGCUACCGGCCUCCGGGAUGAGUUUCCCUGA